UGGCUCCCUUCGUCAGUCAGGCCCACCCUGGUCAUGCUUCUCAUUCUUAUGCCAGCUGUGAGCAGUGCCAAGAAGGUGAACUGCUCUGAGCCGAACCAAGUAGCCCUGCUGGAAGGUCUGAGGCCAUUGUUUAACCUGAGCGCCAUACGACCCGUCAUGAACACAUCAACCUGCACCUACGUCGGAACAUACUUCAUCAUGUAUGGGAUACUCGGAGUGUGGUGGGAGAACGAGUUUGUCAGCUGGGACCCAAUCCAGUGCGGCUCUGAGAAGAUUACACUUCCCAGAACCAAGUUUUGGGUGCCAGAUAUUGUUAUCGAUGAAUUUAUGGAUGAAGACACAGCCCCCCUGUCCCAACUGCACUUUGACUUUCACCUCCUACCUCAUCGCUGGAUAUUAUGUUUCUCUAUUCUCUCCUCCCAGCGCGACGUUAAGAUUACCAUGGGGAGGAGUGCAAAGGAAAUAACAGAUCUCUCCAAGAGGUUUAUGAGCACCAUGGGGGAGUGGGAGCUGCUGGAAAUCACCUCCUACAAUGACAGCAGCCAUCUUGGUAGUGAAGACGGGGAUGAGCUUAAAUUUUAUGUGGCAGUGAGGCGCCGGGCCACUCUCUAUGUAGUGAACCUCCUGCUCCCCAGCUGCUUCCUCAUCACAGUGGACCUCUUCAGUUUCCUGAUGCCUCCCCAGGAUGUGGACCGUUCCUCCUUCAAGAUGACACUGAUCUUGGGCUACACUGUCUUCCUGCUCAUCAUGAACGACCUGCUGCCCGUCACUGGAAACACCAUACCUCUCAUUAAUGUGUUCUUCUGUCUCUGCUUGGCUCUAAUGGUGACCAGUGUAGUGGAGAGCAUCCUCAUCACCAACCUGCUCGUUGGCUCUGGUGUCUCCUCUCCAAUCCCCACCUGGGUGCAAGUGCUUGUUAUCCAAAUUCUGGGCCGUCUCGUUUUCCUGACUCCGAAGACUAAAGAACCAAGAGAUGCAGAAAUGAAACCCAACGCUGUGGUGGCACAGGGAAAACCUGAUGAUGAGUUUGCAGAGGAGAUGGGGCCGGUGGUGGAGGACAAGGCUCUUCAGGAGCUGAAGAGCAUUAGUGAGAACCUCCAGGCCAUCCGCCUCCAGGUGGACCAGCAGCUGAGUGGAAGCGAGGGCUCGAAGGAUUGA